AUGUCCAAAACUCAAAUCGAAACAUUUUGUGCAUCUCUUCUGCAAGAACUUGAGAUUCUAUGGGACGAGGUAGGAGGAACUGAAACCGAAAGAGAGAAGAUUUUGAUUGAGAUUGAAGACGAAUGCAGAAACAUCUAUAUUAGUAAAAUAGAAAAGGUUAAAGAAGAGAGGACUCGGAUAAAACAAGACAUUGCUGACACAGAAGCAAGAGUUAUUGCUAUAUGUUCUGUAAUGGAAGAGCCAUCAGGUCUUGGAAGACAACAUCAAUCUGAUCAAAGUGGAAGAAGUUUAAAAGAAAAGUUAGGAAAGAUUCUUCUGAAACUUGAAGAUAUGGAAAAGAGAAAAUCAGAGAGAAAGAAUCAGUUUAUUCAAGUGAUUGAAGAUAUAAAAUGUGUAAGAGAUGAGAUUGAUGGUGAAUCUUAUGAGACUUGUUCAUCUGAUUUUUCGGUUGAUGAAUCUGAUUUAUCUCUUAGAAAGCUUGAGGAGUUACAUAGAGAGCUUUACACACUUCAAGAACUUAAGAGGAACCGGAUGAAACAGAUUCAAGAUCAUCUAAAAACUCUGGAGUCGCUUUGUUCGGUUCUUGGUUUGAAUUUUAGAGAAAAUGUUACCAAGAUUCACCCAAGUUUAGUAGAAUCUGAAGGUUCAAGAAGUAUUAGUAAUGAGACACUUAACAAGUUAGCUUCAUCAGUAAAUCAUUGGCAUGAGACAAAGAUACAGAGAAUGCACGAACUUCAAGAUCUUGUGACGACAAUGCUUGAGUUUUGGAACUUAAUGGAUACACCAGCAGAAGAACAACAAAAAUUCAUAAAUGUUUCAUGUAAUAUAGCUGCUACUGUUUCAGAAAUAACCAAACCCAAUAGUCUUUCCACAGAUUUGCUCGAAGAGGUUAAAGCCGAGCUAUGUCGGUUAGAGGAGUUAAAAUGGAGCAAAAUGAAAGAACUUGUUUUAAAGAAGAGGUCAGAACUUGAAGAGAUAUGUAGAAGAACACACAUUGUUCUUGAGCAAGAUAUCAAAGUGGAGAAUGUAGUUAAAGACAUCGAAUCGGGAGAUGUGAACCCUGAAAAUAUACUGGAACAUAUCGAGUACCGAGCUGGGAAGGUGAAAGAGGAAGCUUUAAGCAGAAAAGAGAUUCUUGAAAAAACUGAGAGGUGGUUGAAUGCUUGUGAGGAAGAGACUUGGCUUGAAGAGUAUAAUCAGGAUGAAAACCGAUACAAAGCUGGAAGAGGAUCUCAUUUAAUUCUCAAACGAGCAGAGAAAGCUAGAGCACUCACUAAUAAACUUCCAGCUAUGGUUGAAGCAUUAGUUUCCAAGAUUACUAUUUGGGAAUUAGAGAAAGAGGCUGAGUUUCUUUUUGAUGGUAACCGUCUGCUUUCAAUGCUAGACGAAUAUACAGAACUCAAAGAAGAGAAAGAGCAAGAACGUCGUAGGAGAAGAGAUUUUAAGAAACUUCAAGGUCAAUUAACACCAGAACAAGACAAAGGAACUCCUACUAAGUAUCAAAGCGCGAAAAAGAGUCUUACAAUAUCAACUAACAAGAGAUUUGGAUCAUCCUCUCAAACUCCUCGCACUGAAUCACCCCACUCAGCAAAAUCUUUUACAUCUCAAUCACGUCAUAGCUGA